UUGCGAUCAAUGUAGAACGGGCUUAACGUACGUACUGACAAAUCGUUCGUGUAAGUCUUCUCUUUCAGUUUUUUGUCUCCGAUUGAAGUAAAUAUUGCAGAAAAUAAUGUCGAAUGAAGUAGAGGAAUCUAUUGAAAAUUUCCACAUUAGAGAUCAAUAUCUACAAAAAAUAACUGAUGUGAUUCAAAGCAUCAAAGAAAAAAGUACAGAAUUAGGUAGUGAGGCAGUAUUUAGUGUGAAACAAUUCCAUUCUAUAAAAGUUGGAAUAGAAUUAAUAGCAUCAAUAGGAAUUAUACCUUGUUUACUUCCUGGAGUUGGUAUAGGCAUGGCUAAGUUAUGUCCUAAAGCUGUGGAAAUUUCUCAAGAAGAUAAUUCGGGUUGUUUGGAGAAAUAUGAACGAUUGUGUUUUUCAACAAAUGCACUCUUGGAUUUUUUUCACAAUGUAAAUUUACAACCAGCUGUACUUUCUCAAAUCGGUCCUUUGAUGGCUGCUCUAUUACAAUUGUCUCAUGCUCCUUUGACUAAACCAUCAAAUGAAAUUGAACCUUCUAAUAUAGAUAAGCAGGGCUUUCGUAUGACAAUAGAAGAAUAUCAAAGAUUUCAGAAUCGUCAGAAAGAAUUUCACACUAAAUUUAUUUCAUUGAUAAACAUCUGUCCGCAGUAUGUAUGUUUUCGUGAAUUAAUGAUAAUUCUUGGAAUACAAAACACACCAAAGUGGUUGCGUAGAGAAACUCAAAAUUAUUUAAUACAAAUGCUUGUGCAAUCCAAUGGUGUGUUAUCACUAAUCGCAGCAAUUUGUAAAGAUGGUUUAGAUUUUGGUGUAGACUGGAAGAAACUUGAUAUAAUUUCUAAAUUGAUAGCAGCUCCACAUGGAAGCAAUGCCGACGAAUAUUAUAAAGCUGUAUGUCCGCAGAUUAUAAGUUUACUCUCUUCGAAUAAGAUAAAACAUGGAUCGACAAUAUCAAACUCUUGUAUCAAAGCUCUGUUUGAUUACAAUCCGAAUAUUUGUCAAAAGCGUAUAAUAGACGUUAUUUGUGCUCCUUUAAUCGCAAAUCAAUCAUGUGGUAUGAAAUCUGAAAAAGAAGUAGAGCAAUGUAUAGACAGUUUAGCAAAAUGUUUUCUAACAGAAGAUUCCAAUCGUCUGCAUUGCAAAGUCAUUUUACACAUUGCCACACCAUUGUUCUGCUUAUACAAUAAAGUCCGAGAAAGCGCUUGCAUAUUGAAAACAAAUUUACGACGAUUGUUGUUAAAACUUCUCGAAGAUGAAACAACACGAGAAACGCUUUAUUCAGCUUUUCUGGGACACAAUACAUCCGGUGAAUUCGGCAAUUAUGUGACAUCACAGUUUGGCUCGAGCGGUGGUCUCGAGAUCACUGGAACGGAAGAAAAUUUAGAAUACGAAGAAUUAGCCGAUACCGUGUUCGAUCUCGUAUCGAUCGCUAAAAAUUUGUCACCCAGUUUGUUUUGUUAUAUGUUGAAAUUUCUGUCAAAUGUGAAUAAAUUGAGUUCCGAUACAGGACAAAAUGUGUUAGAGACAGAAGACGAUAAAAUAAAAAAUAUCACGAUGCAAUUAACGGCCUGCAAGCUUCUGUCACAGCUAGCCAGUACAAGCACCGUUCAAGACGCUCAAGUUGCAGAUCCCAAGCCGCUGCUGUCAUUCAUCAAAUCCUUGUUUGAUACAUGGACAAAGAACUGUUCAAAUAAAACGGAAGAAAAUGAAUGUGAAUUAUUAUAUAUCAGUUUGAUGCUGAUAAAAAUGAUUCUGGUCGAGAGAAGAGCGACGCUCAAGAUCGAUCAUUUCAAAGAUUUCAGCACGUUUUUGAAAGAUCAUCGCAAGAAUUCGAAUAUGCCGACGCAGCUUAAAUCACUGAUCGAUGAAGUUACAGCCUGCAUUGUGACGCAUGGUUCUACAAAUGAAGAACCCCGAGUUAAUUUUGGAAAGAAACACUAUGAGGAUUUGUCGAUAAGUCCGUCGACAUCAAACAAGUUUGACGAAGCCAUGAAAGAUCUCGCGGACCCAAUGCUACCUGUUCGGGCGCACGGUCUGAUAACGCUUACAAAACUGAUUGAGACUAAAGAUCCAUGUGCUUGUGCGCGCAAAGCGAUAGUUUUGCGUUUGUUUCAGGAGAAUUUGAAGGACGAGGAUUCAUUCGUGUAUCUGGCGUCUAUAAACGGAUUGUGCGCGUUAGCAACCGCAUUUCCGAAAGAGAUCAUAGAGACACUGAUGCACGAAUACGUCAACAUGCCCAAUCGUGUUGCGGGAGCAGAAAUAACAGUCGAGACCAGGAUAAAAAUCGGUGAAAUAUUGGUUAAAACAACAAGAGCUUUAGGUGAGAUGAGCGUGGUUCACAAAAACGAGUUGGUUAAUGGCUUUCUAUGCGCGAUUCGCGACGCGGAUCCAUUGGUACGAGCCUCCAGUCUUUCUUGCUUAGGAGAGCUCUGCAAGAUAUUGAACUUCCGAUUGGGAAACAUUCUCGUCGAGAUUCUUUACGUUAUCGCGUGUGUGGUAAGACACGACAAAGCGCCCGAAUGUCGACGUGCCGCCGUGUUAGUUGCCACACUUCUGUUUCGCGGUCUCGGUCGUGACACUUUGAGCACUCUCAGUAGCGACUUGUGUGACUUGUAUCGUGGACUCAAACAUCUGCGCAACAACGAUGACGAUCCUGUACUACGGCUUCACGCUCAGCUGGCCUUAGACGAGAUCGAUCACAUUGUGCGGGAUCACCUUCUUGCACCUCCCAAACUCGAGAAAAGGAUAACAUUAAAUUUCGUUACGUGAAGCAAUGAAGCAUGCA